AUGGCUCCCUCCACUCAGCAGCUUGCCGUCGCUGCCGUGGCCGCCGCGGGCUGCACGGCUUUCGUGGCCGCGCCAAGCACCGCCCGAGGGCCCACACUGCGCAGGACGACCCAGGGCCGAGCCUCUUCCUCUUCCUCCUCCUCCGGUACUGGCCUGGCAAUCUGUGGCCUCGGCGCCGCAGUGGGCGCCGCCAUCGCUGUGCCAAAGAAGGAGCGGGUCGCUCUUCGUGCUUUCGAGACAGAGCUGGGGGUCCAGCCGCCGGCGGGAUUUUGGGAUCCACUAGGCUUCACCAAGGGAGGUGAUGCGGCAUCCUUCCGCCGUCGACGAUACGUGGAGCUGAAGCAUGGGCGGGUUGCCAUGUUGGCAUGCCUUGGAUACAUCGUCCCUGAGUACUACCGCUGGCCAGGUGAAUUGUCUCCUUCUCUUGGCCUCAAGUUCACGGAUGUUCCUACUGGCUUCGCAGCUUUCUCCAAGGUGCCGCUUAGUGGCUGGGCGCAGAUGGUCUUCUUCGCCGGCAGCGUGGAGCUUUUCCAGUACGUCGACGAUCCCAAGCGGGCUCCGGGCGACUUCGAGAACGCAGGUCUGCUCGGCAUCCCCAAUGGCUUCAUGAAGGCUCCUGAGGGCCAGAAGGAGAAAAAGUUGGCUGCGGAAAUCGCAAACGGCCGUUUGGCAAUGAUGGCUAUCAUUGGCAUGUUCUUCCAAAAUGGAUUGACAGGACAAGCAUGGGGCGACUGGUCUCUGUAUACGGACUCACCGCUACGCGCUCUGACUCCGGCGCAGGAGAUCAUUGCCGGGACAGGCGGCCCUCUUCCCGACAACUUCUGGGAUCCCGCAGGCAUCACCAAUGGGAAGACCGAGAAGGAGAUCGCAAUGCUCCGGGCCAUGGAGCUGAAACACGGACGCGUGGCAAUGCUUGCAGUGCUCCACUGGUUCCACGUGGCCGCAGGUUACCACCUCUUGGGUGACUAUGCCAUUGGUGAGAGGAUGAGCAACGACCCCCUCGUCAGCCUGACCCAGCUGCCCAUGGGAGGCAUGUGGCAGGUGAUCUUCACCAUCAUGUGCUUAGAGUGGCUGACCACCUACAUCUGCAAACCUCCUGAGGACCGGCCCUGGGACGUGCUCGGAUGGAAGGGCAUCAUCGAUGAGGACUACCCCUCUGAGAUCUGGAACGGCUGGAAGCGCGUGCAGUGCCAAGAGCUGAACAACAGCCGCCUGGCCAUGGUGGCCAUCACCGGACUCGUGGCGCAGGACGUCGUCACCGGCGACUAUGUCGCAGGCGUGGGCAAGCUCUGCGGUGGGGCAGCGGUGUGCAACCAGCCCAUUGACUACUCUCCUUGGCAGAACCUUCCUCCCAUCGAUGACUUCGUGGCCAACGCCCCAUCUUGGGCCAACGGACCAGCCCUCUACGGCGUCAACUGA